CGGCCAGCCGCUCCCCCCGCACCGCCUCCCACGGGCUCGGCGCCCAGGCCCGCCGCAGCUCCUCCAACCAGCCUCUCCCAACUCCCGGUCCCCGCCUCGGCGCGCCUCUUUCCAGGGCUGUCCCCCUCUCGCUCCAUCCUUCCCCACCCUCGCCUUUUCCCUCCUCUUUUAUGGCAUCUUGACUUAAGAGGAUGACCUGCCUUCCAUAACCUGGGCCGUAGCCGCCCCCCGCCCGCCGCACCCCGAAGCCUGGCAAGAAAAACACCCCCUUGUCUUCCGGUGGCAUUUAUUUAAAUAUAUUUUUAAAGCAUCACAAUCCUUGCAAAGUCUUUAAGAAGCACAGGAACAGGACCGCGGACCCCUGCGGACACCCUUGCCGAGCCCGGCGCGGUGCAGAACGGCGGCAGAUGCCUGAACGGGUCCGCUUCGCCCCGGCCAAGCGCGGCGAAGGCAGGAGCCAGACGCAAACUUCGGCCGGCUCAGCGCAUCACUGAUCCCCGCAUCCGGAGGACCCGCCUGCCCGAAGCCGGAGGACCACGCAGGACCAGCCAAGAGUCCCGAGUCUCCCCGACCCUUUCCGCGAAACCGGAUCCGUGCCCCGAAGCCGGGUGGGACAGCCAGGCACAAGAGGGUGAUAGAAAAUGCGGGGCUCCGGGCCCCGGGCUGCGGGACGCCGUCGGACCUGGGGUGGCGGAGGCGGUGGCGGCGGUGACAUCCCCAGCACCCCUGCAUCCCUGGCCGCCUGCUACUCCUCACCUCGCCGGGCGCCCCUCUGGACGUGCCUUCUCCUGUGCGCGGCGCUCCGGACCCUCCUGGCCAGCCCCAGCAGCGAAGUGAAUUUAUUGGAUUCACGAACUGUUAUGGGAGACCUUGGAUGGAUCGCUUUUCCAAAAAAUGGGUGGGAAGAGAUUGGUGAAGUUGAUGAAAAUUAUGCCCCUAUCCACACAUACCAAGUAUGCAAAGUCAUGGAACAGAAUCAAAAUAACUGGCUUUUGACCAGUUGGAUCUCCAACGAAGGUGCUUCCAGAAUCUUUAUUGAACUCAAAUUCACUCUGCGGGAUUGUAACAGCCUUCCUGGGGGACUGGGGACAUGUAAGGAGACGUUUAACAUGUACUACUUUGAGUCUGAUGACGCGAAUGGGAGAAAGCUCAAGGAAAACCAGUACAUCAAAAUUGAUACCAUUGCUGCUGAUGAGAGCUUCACAGAACUGGACCUCGGAGACCGUGUCAUGAAACUGAAUACAGAGGUCAGAGAUGUUGGGCCUCUGAGCAAAAAGGGAUUUUAUCUUGCCUUCCAAGACGUUGGGGCCUGCAUCGCUCUGGUUUCUGUACGGGUAUACUAUAAGAAAUGUCCUUCUGUGGUGAGACACUUGGCCAUCUUCCCUGACACCAUCACUGGGGCAGAUUCAUCACAGUUGCUGGAGGUGUCGGGCUCCUGUGUCAACCAUUCUGUGACAGACGAUCCUCCCAAAAUGCACUGCAGUGCUGAAGGGGAGUGGCUGGUCCCCAUCGGGAAGUGCAUGUGUAAGGCUGGCUAUGAAGAGAAAAAUGGCACCUGCCAAGCGUGCAGACCUGGGCUCUUCAAAGCCUCACCUCACAGCCAGAGCUGCAGCAAAUGUCCACCUCGCAGUUACACCCAUGAGGAAGCUUCAACCUCUUGUCUCUGUGAAAAGGAUUAUUUCAGGAGGGAGUCUGAUCCACCCACAAUGGCAUGCACAAGACCCCCCUCAGCUCCUCGGAAUGCCAUCUCAAAUGUUAAUGAAACUAGUGUCUUUCUGGAGUGGAUUCCGCCGGCUGACACUGGCGGACGGAAAGAUGUGUCCUAUUUUAUUGCAUGCAAGAAGUGCGACUCCCAUGCAGGGGUGUGUGAGGAGUGUGGCAGUCAUGUCAGGUACAUCCCCCAGCAAAGCGGCCUGAAAAACACUUCUGUGAUGAUGGUGGACCUGCUUGCUCACACAAACUAUACCUUUGAGAUUGAGGCAGUGAAUGGAGUGUCCGACCUGAGCCCAGACUCGCGGCAGUAUGUGUCUGUAAAUGUAACCACAAAUCAAGCAGCCCCCUCUCCAGUCACCAACGUGAAAAGGGGGAAGAUUGCAAAAAACAGCAUCUCAUUGUCUUGGCAAGAGCCAGAUCGCCCCAAUGGAAUCAUCUUGGAGUAUGAAAUCAAGUAUUUUGAAAAGGACCAGGAGACCAGCUACACAAUCAUCAAAUCCAAGGAGGCGAGCAUCACGGCGGAGGGCUUGAAACCGGCUUCGGUGUAUGUCUUCCAAAUCCGAGCUCGGACUGCGGCCGGCUACGGAGUCUUCAGCCGACGAUUUGAGUUUGAAACCACCCCAGUGUCAGUCGCAGCGUCCAGCGACCAGAGCCAGAUUCCCAUCAUCGCUGUUUCAGUGACUGUUGGUGUCAUUUUGUUGGCAGUGGUGAUUGGAUUCCUGCUCAGUGGCAGUUGCUGCGAGUGUGGCUGUGGGAGGGCUUCCUCCCUGUGCGCUGUUGCCCAUCCAAGCCUAAUAUGGCGCUGUGGCUACAGCAAAGCGAAGCAGGACCCAGAAGAGGAAAAGAUGCAGUUUCAUAGCGGGCACAUAAAGCUUCCAGGAGUGCGAACCUACAUUGAUCCACACACCUAUGAGGAUCCCAACCAAGCUGUCCAUGAAUUUGCCAAGGAGAUUGAAGCUUCAAGCAUCACGAUAGAGAGAGUCAUUGGAGCAGGUGAAUUUGGGGAAGUCUGUAGUGGGCGUCUGAAACAACCAGGGAAGCGAGAAUUGCCUGUGGCCAUCAAAACCCUUAAAGUGGGCUACAGUGAAAAGCAGCGCAGGGACUUCCUGGGGGAGGCAAGCAUCAUGGGGCAGUUCGACCACCCGAACAUCAUCCACCUCGAAGGAGUCGUGACCAAAAGUAAACCUGUGAUGAUAGUAACAGAAUAUAUGGAGAAUGGAUCUUUGGACACAUUUUUAAAGAAAAAUGAUGGACAGUUCACUGUAAUUCAGUUGGUCGGCAUGCUGAGAGGCAUCGCUGCAGGAAUGAAGUACCUUUCUGACAUGGGCUACGUGCACAGAGACCUAGCUGCUAGAAACAUCUUAAUCAACAGUAACCUUGUGUGCAAAGUGUCUGACUUUGGACUUUCAAGGGUCCUGGAAGAUGAUCCUGAGGCAGCCUAUACCACCAGGGGAGGCAAAAUUCCAAUCAGAUGGACAGCCCCAGAAGCUAUAGCUUUCCGAAAAUUCACUUCUGCUAGUGAUGUCUGGAGCUAUGGAAUUGUCAUGUGGGAAGUUGUGUCUUAUGGAGAGAGACCCUACUGGGAGAUGACCAAUCAGGAUGUGAUUAAAGCAGUGGAAGAAGGCUACCGUCUGCCGAGCCCCAUGGACUGCCCCGCAGCACUCUAUCAGCUGAUGCUGGACUGCUGGCAGAAAGACAGAAACAGCCGGCCCAAGUUUGACGAGCUAGUCAACAUGCUAGACAAGCUGAUUCGCAACCCCAGUAGUUUGAAGACGCUGGUGAAUACAUCAAGCAGAGUUUCUACUUUGUUGGCAGAACAUGGCCCCUUAGGGCCCGGGGCCUAUCGGUCAGUAGGGGAAUGGCUAGAAGCCAUCAAGAUGGGCCGGUACACAGAGAUUUUUAUGGAAAAUGGAUACAGUUCAAUGGACGCUGUGGCUCAGGUGACCUUGGAGGAUUUGAGGCGGCUGGGAGUGACUCUUGUUGGUCAUCAGAAGAAGAUAAUGAACAGCCUUCAGGAGCUGAAGGCGCAGCUGGUAAACGGGACGGUGCCCUUGUAACAGCCACUAAUGUCUCAGCUUCCAGAGACCAGCUCUGCACUUUGUAACAGCCUUGAGAUUUAUAUUAACAAAAAAAAAGGGAGAAAGGGAAAAUAGUGAUUUCUAAACAUCGCGAUGGCAUUGGUCUCCGCCACGGAAUGUAAUCAGUAUUUGUCUGAGAUCUCCAUUCCUUCCUCUUAGUGUCCUCUUCACUGAUCAUAAUGCGACUGUAACCUGCCAAGAGAGUCAGAACACAAGGCUAGAUAUUCUGUUCUGGUGCUGUGACAAAAUCCUUCCCACUUCUUCCACAAUGUUGUUAGUAAUAUAUAAUGUCACAACACCUUGACGGACUGAAUUCAGGUAGCCCUUUUCACAACUUCCAGGGAUCUAUUCGACAGGAAAAGUAUGAAAGCCAUCCGUGAGCAAGGAGGAGCUGCAGUUUACUGAAGUUUACUUCUGUUCUUAAUGGUCUACAUAACUGUACUGAAGAGCAAUAUGAUUAGAUUAUUUCUUAACACAUGGUUUAUAAUUUUACAAUGCAAUUACAUGGUGUUAAGUUAUAGGAACUAGUUUAUAAACAUGUUGCUUUGUCAAGGGAAUGUAUAAUACAGGGUGUGUAUUUAUUUUUCUUCAUUAUAAAUUUACUUUAUUUGCUCUUCUGUAGACUCUUAGAUGAUAAAUGUUUGUAUAUACUGUAUGAUUUGCAAUGUAUACAGGAGCUGAUUUAAGUUGAAUUUGUGUGUGUUUGUCUGUGUGUGUGUGUGUGUGUGUGUGUGUGUGUGUGUGUGUUUGCACAUUUAUGCAAUAUCAUUUUGGUUGCAUUUCUAAUAAUGCUUUAAGUUGGGCAACAGAUAGGAACAGGUGUUCUAGAGUAUAACUUGAAUAAGAUAAAUAGGGAAGCAGCAAAACAUUGUUCAAUACAAGCUGAUAUCUCUUUCUCUAUUCAAAAAAAGUGUCACGUCAUUCACUAACAAGAAGUAUGUCUGGGCUUAAGUCCCCUCUGGGCUUAAAAAAAAACAAAAAACACUUUGGGAUGUCUAUGACAGUUCAGGGAAUCUAGCCAUUAAUUUGGCACCUUUGUAAAGAAAUUUCACCUUUCUAAUGUUGCCGAAAAUAUCAUGUCAAGCAAAAUCAAAACAAUGAGCCCAUUCUUCUUUGUGACGCAGAAAGAUGUAACUGUGCUGGCUACUGCCAACAUCAUUAGAUCUAGGCACGCAGCACACUGUCUUCCCAUCGUGGCUCAUCUAUAGACAUGCUGAAACUAAAAAAGAGAUGGGAAAAGGAAAAUACCUUCAAAGUUAUCUGCAUUACCAGUCUUAAUAAGUUUCAUUCAUGAAUAUAUGUUGGGUAAUUUAGUAAUUACAUUUAAUAUUCUGUUUGUUGAAUUGAAUAUACUCUGCAGAAACAUUCUAAAGUUUUAUUAAGUUAGACUCAUUAAGGAAUAUAUGAUAUGAUCUUUGUAAUCUUGCUAUAUCAACAUCUGCUAAAAGGUGACAUGGGAAAAAUUAUAGAGUUUAUUAGGAAUUUCACAAAUAAUAAGAUCAUCUUGGUGAGAUUGAAAUGAGUUUGUAUUAUCAUACCUUAUAAAAUAUUGGAAUGCUGUACUAUAUUCAAGGCGCAGAGCACAUAAAUGUGAUAGGGACUUAGCAUGGUUGUCAUUGGUAUUUCUGAAUUGCAUGGUUCACAGGGCGUAUGCCUGUGCACCUUCUGUUUUGUUAUGGGUAUUUUUUUAUCUCUCUCUCUCUCUCUCCUCUGUCUCAUUUUUCCCUUCCCCAUCUGCCCAACAUGUGUUUAUACUUGACUGUUAGCAAAAAUAAGAACUUUUGUGAAAUGACAUUUUUCCAACACUCCUACCCUUUAAUUAAAAAGUAAAGGAACAUUUUUCUAAAGAAUAAAGAACACACAAAAUAAUAAGGGUAGGUGGACUUUUCAAAUUCCAUAUUGACUUCUGUCUUGGUAAAGAUGGUGGGCUCCGUGGGUUCACACAAGCUACACUUCAAGCAUGCUCUGUUCAUGUAAUAAGAUUUCCAUAGAAUGCUGAGAGAUGUCUUCCAAUAGUGUCUGGACAAAAUUCACAAAUGAAAAUGAUCAUUAUUACAAGUACAUUUGUAAAGUUAAGCAAACAUAAACGUAUUGAAACUUAUUCAUGUUUUAUAAAAUAAUUGAAGAUUGUCUUAUAUAGUUUUGAAAUUUGUAAAAUAACUUGAAUGUAAGUAAUAAAGUAGCAAUUGAGGUACUUCAAAAUCAGAAUAGACAGAGUGUGGACUGGCUCAGCUGCUGGGACUUAAAGAUUCUUUCUAAAUUAAUUUCCAAGUUUAUAUGUUCUUAAUUGUUUGUCAAGUAUAUCACAGUGACAAGAAGUUUCUGUGUUGAUUUCAUCUUUCUUUUACAUGAAUAUAGAUUAAUCUGAAUGAAAUUUAUUUUUCUCCUUUUCAAUCCAAGUAUUAAUUUUAGGAAAUAAUUCAAAUGAAGGUUAGCCACACAGCUUUGUCCAUUCCUCAAUUUGAAGUUUUCUAAAAUAAAUAAAUAAAUCAGAAAUGUUUUAGAACUGCCUUUAAGUCAGCUCAAGGAUGGACAGGUCCUGACUGUGUGACUUCUGACCUCAUUGGCCCAUUGAGAUGAUACCAAAGUAGCAGUGAUAAAACAUGGAUUCAAUAAUUUUUAUACAUGCCAUUGCUUUGUCAAAUACUAUAAAAUAUUAUUAUAAGUUAAAUGCAGGGACUUACUCUUAAUCAUGAAUACCAGCUGAAGUCACUCAAUUCUACUUUUGUAAAUCAUAAUUUGUGUCCAAUCUUGAAGUUUGCUGCCAUGUACACUGACAUAUCCGUGACUCUUUUUUGAAGUAUGUUAGUUGUAUGUAAAAUGUUGAAAUGUUGGUUUUCCACAUUUUUCAAAAUCUGUAAUGUGCAUAAUCUUUUGUUUCUUACACUUACCCACCAGUUCAGUGUUCUCAAGUUCUAGGUCAUGGCACAAUAUUUUGUUGCUGUUGUUUUUGGUAGGGCCUCACUGUAGUCCAAGUUGACCUGGAAGUCACUCUGUGUUCCCAGGUGGAGCUGCAACUCUUAGUAACCUCCCUCCUUCUGACUCCCAAGUCCAGGGAGUAAGCCAGACUAAAGGCAUGCACCACCAUGACCAGCCCUAUGUCCCCAUAUUUUAUACAAAUUUGAGAGUGUCCAGCAUUGUUGGUUUAGAAUCUCCCAGGCAAUAAAAAAAAUAUCCUUAACUCCAUUUUAGAAAGAGAUUUAGUUCAUUGUUGUGUCAUGGUGAAGGUGAAAUCUCACAAGCUUGAAAUGGAGCAACAAUAUCAGUGGAGCACCUGUAUAUCUGCAUGUUUGUUACUUAAACCCUAUGUGAAAGUAAAACCUCCUUAAGAUGACAUUUAUUUUCCAUUUAAGGUGGAUUUUCAGAAGCACAAGACAAGACAUAAUUCACCUUUGGGAGGUGUAUUGGUCAUAAUGGUACCUUGAUUGACAGAGUCAGGUGUAAAAAAAAAAAAUUAUUAGAUGUAUCAUGUUGAAUAGUAGAGAAAAAGAUCAUUUUCCUUUCAUUCUUUCUAAAGAUUAGGGGAAAAUCUAAAUGUUAUAAUAAAUUUUAUUUGUUCAAGUUCUACCAGAUGUUUAAGUUCCUCAUAAGUAUGAUGUAGGCACACUAUGGUGGUGCUGAUAAUAAUGAGUCAAAAUAGUACCAUUUUUUUGGAAAUUUGAUAGCUAAAAUAAGUUAUUUUUUAAAACUGCUGCACAGCUGGUUACAUUGAAUAUUUUUUCUCUAUUAUACUGUUAAUUAUAUAGUGAUAUAUCAAGAGAGCAAUAUGUAAGAACUUUCCUUUCAUUUCUGCUCACUUAUGAAAAAAAGUCUUUUCACACAUCAAUGAUUGAAUGCUCUUAUUCAGAUAGACCACAUAAUUGUUACUUAGAGGUAGUUGCCAAUUCUUGAAAAAAAAUGUCUAUUUAUAAUAACCACAAUUAGGUGUUGUUUUUUUCUCUAUAUGUGAAUGGAAAAAAAUUGAAGUUGGCAAAGAUAAAUCAUGUUUAUUCAAGCGGGGUGCUAUGAUAACUGAGUUUGAGUGGCCACAUAUUUGUGAAUAUUUAGACUGCUGAAGUUUUGAAAUUAAUUAUUUAAAGGAAUGUAAAUUGCAUUUGUAAUAGUCUGGGAAAAACCUAGACUGUGUCAUUAGUUAAUACAUUUGUCUCAACUUCUUAGUUUCAGACAGGUCAUAGGCAGCUGUGUGGCCUGAUUCUGUGACAGGAAUCAGAAUAUCUUCAGUCCCUGCCUCAGAGUCAAGGCAAAGACAGAUUAGCAUUUCUGUAUUACUUUCCCAUCUCAAUCUCUAUGUGCUUUUGGUUUGUGUACAUGUUUUUGUAGUGUAAGAUAUGAAAUUUUAUAUUUUUUCAGAAAAUAAAAAAAACCUUUGAAUACA